UUUUAUAGUAAUUGUGUUUUUGAAAUAGUUAAAGUUUAAAUUGUAUAACAAAAAACAUAAAGAUGAUAUUGAAAAGCAAACCUUAGACAGUAAACUGUUUUUUAAUAAAAGUUUAGUAAACAUGUUAUCUCUUUAUAUGUCAUCCUCUACAAACUAUACGAAUAUAACUUCUGAUAUUCCUGUUGGUAUACAGUGCAUUGUAGGCUCGCUCAUAUUAGCAUUUGCAUGCUCGGGUAACUGCUUUUUAAUCUUGUCUUGUAUGAAAAAGAAAAAGAAAUCAAUGUCAUGCAAAAGUAUAAUGAACCUUGCUUUGUGUGAUUUGAUGCUAGUUGUGUCUAGCAUACCCACUCAAAUAGUUGAAAUGCAAUACGGAUAUUUUCCUUUUGGAGCCUUCGGAUGCCAUGUUCUUCACCCAUUUUCAACUAUGGCAGUCAUAUCUGCCGCAUUAACACUUGUAUAUUUAGCGUUCGAACGAUAUGUAGCAAUAUGUCAUCCGUUUUUGUACUAUAAAAUAGCUAAUAAAAGUCAACUUUUAAUUCUAACUCAUUUGACGGCUUUAUCCUGUGUUAUUCCCUACGGAGUUACGCUAUCGGUAAGAUUGGAUAAUGGAAAACCUCAGUGCAUUGAGUCUUGGAACAAAAGAAGUAGCUUUAUUUAUUCAAUUACACUUUUUGCUGUACAAUAUGGUCUACCAUUACCAAUAAUAUGUUUUUUAUACUUUUUUACAUGGCGAAAGCUUAAAGAAACAAAUGAUGAAUAUGUUCGACGCACUCAACGUUUAUAUAAUUCUGUUAGAUUUAGUUUAUCAAAUAAUCGAUGUUCAUUAUCUAACAAUCGUUAUUCGUUAUCAAAAGACCGCGAUAUUAAAUUAAAAAUUAGUUAUCGAGAGUUACAAACUAGAAAUUCUUUAUCAAAAGAUAAAUGCUUUUUAGUCAAAGAAAAUCAACAGGAACAAAUAAACAGAAGAAAUGCUAUUAAAAAUCGAAGUAUUAAAAAAUGGAAAGUUUCAAAUGAUCGUUGUCGAGAUGUAUGUCGUAGUAGAAGAAUGCAAACUUUACUCAUGUUCAGGCUAUUUGUUACUAUAGUUAUUGUUUUUGGACUCUUCAUGCUUCCAAAUCAGAUUACAUGGUUGUAUAUGGCUUUUUUAGAAAAAACUUUUACAAAUAAAUGGACAACAAUUGCUUAUUGGUUGACAUACACAAAUUCUGUUUUAAAUCCUAUUAUAUAUGGGACCAAUCAGAACUUUUAUAAGUUUGUUAACUUUAUUAAAACAAUAAAACACCUUGGAAAUAAAACAAAGGAACAAAUACCCUAUGAAAUAAAGCCCACUUCAAUUGUUAAUAACAACUUUGUCUUCCGACGUCAUAUUUCUUAUCGACAGACAGUUUUUCCUCCGAUGUCGUAAUUCCAUAUUAUUGAAUGUUUGUUCUCUAAAAACACAUUUUUAACUGACAGAAAAAGUUGUCAACGGACCGACAGAAUAACAGAAUGACAGAAUGACAAACCAACAAAACUUUAAAUUAUUUAUUUAUCCAUAUCUAAUAUUAUAUUGAAAAUUGUGAAUACGUGAAAGAUAAAGAUAUUUAAAAAUUAAAAACUUAUUUUAUGGAUCGUUUGACAUUUAGAAAAUGUAGCUAUGCUCCGAUAUGGAAGAGAUGGAUGGGAGGAAAAGGGGAUGUUUGACAAUAAUAUGUACAAAAAAGUCAAAAAAAUUGUGUACAUAUUUUUUAGUACUUCAACUUCAACUUACACUUAUGAGUUAAUCUUGAACCUCUCCGGUAUUUCACAAUCUUAAAUGUUUAUAAAACUACUCUUACAAUCUUAUGAGUUAACCUCGACCCUCGCCGGAAAAAGCUACAUUUGUUUCAAAAAUCUCCGCUCGCGAUUUCUUAACGGUACUUGAUGCCUAAAAGCAAAAAACUAUUGUAAAGAGAUUUUGAAAUAAACAUCUAUU